AUGACACAUAGCCAGGCCAAGGAGGACGUUUUACAGGCCAUAGAUACGCUGAAUGAUCACAUGGUGCAUACCAUGUGCAUGCCAGCACAUGCCAGCGGUGACCAACUCCUAAAGGACUUGCAUUGGGAGGACCUGCAACAAGGGCACGUGCAGCAAGAGGGCGUUCCUUGGGGGCCUGCCCCCAAGGCACAAGGGCCGGGGAGAUACAAUGAAGAGGAAGACGAGGCGAAGACAAAGGCCAAGUGGCGUAACAGGGGAGAGCCACUGCAGGAGCCGUGGCAAGAGGGUGAUGGUGAUGGUGGUGGGAGGAAGCAGUGGUGGUAUGCGACAAUCAGCACAGGGUGCUCUAGUCUCGACUCUCUUCUGGGCGGCGGCUUGCCCCUGGCUGCUGUGACUGAAAUCACUGGCGCUGCUGGUGCAGGCAAGACGCAGUUCUGUCUGCAAGCCGCUGCUGUAGCUGCAAUCGCCCCACUGCUGCUCGCCCAAUCCGAUACCUCAAAAUCCUUGCAAUACCAGGGCAGUACUCCAGCUUCACACAGCUCAACCCCCCAAGGCGGCACGCCGCCCAGAACAGGGUCGGCAGUGCCGCCCGGUGUACAGUCAACAGCAGUUCCGCCCAGCAGGGGGUCGUCGGUGGCGUUUGUGGACACGGCUGGGAGCUUCUCUGCUGCACGCAUCGCCACUGUGAUUGGGCGAAUGAUGGGGUCGAGAGAGAGAUGCCAGGAAUCGAGGGCCAUUGUGACCCGGGCCUUGAAAGCAGUGGUGCGCAUGAAGGCAUAUGAUAUCCACUCACUACUGUCCCUCCUGGCAACCAUUGCAGAGCACAAGAGGAAAGCCACACAGUCGUCGGAUUUCUUCUCCGUGCUUCGCCUGCUUAUUAUUGACUCUGCCUCUGCCGUUGUCUCUCCUGUGCUUGGGGGCCAUGGUCCACAAGGUCACGCCCUGAUGAUAAGUCUCAGUCGCAUGAUUCGCUUGCUGGCCAACGAGUUCGGACUUGCUGUACUGAUCACUAACCAUUCAGUGUCUAGUGAAGAUGGCACAUUCAAGCCGGCAUUGGGGGAGAGCUGGAAGGUGACACCGCAUGUGAGGCUCGUCUUGGAUCGAGAUUACGACUCGGAUUAUUGUCAGAUCACGCUUGCAAGGCACCCGUCUUUGCCUAGUGGCGCAUCCACAGUUGUGAAGCUUGGGAAAUAUGGCAUUAGACGAUUCUUACGGCUGUCAGCCGCAGCGGCUUCGAGCGACGACGCGUCCUCACCAGACAACGAUACCUCCGCUCCAACGGACAACGAAGCCGACGCGCUAACGGCGGAGUUCCUGCGGUUUGUGUCGGAAACGCAGCAGCAGUGGCCGCUGGCGGACCGCCACCCCACGGCGCUGCUUCCGCCGACCGCCGUGGUGCGCGCGCAGAUGGACGCGCUGAUGCGCAAUGACUGGCCGGAGGCGGACAGCGGCGUGCAGACAGCGUUCAACUUCGCCAUGCCUCAUAAAGUGGACGAGAUUCUGCCUGGAUCGGCCCGGCCGCCAGUGAAGGAGGCGCGAGCAUGGGACGCCAGUGAGCGGUACCUGUCAGUGGAGGGCUUUAAGAAGCUGCUGCGGGAACCCAUGUACGCUGCUCUGCUGCACUGCGAGUCGUGGGAGUUCGCAUCCCCCAUGACCUUCCAUGGCAAGGCUGACAGCAAGGCUCUGCAAGCAGUGAAGGUUCGCGCUGCACCCACUGCUGCCGUCACUCCCUCGUCAUCCUCUGCUGCUACUGCUGUAGAGGCUGCAAUGGAUGGUGGUGCUGCUGAUGGUGGUGCAGAGUUGCUUGGGCGGACAAGAGAGUACACCUACACGUUCUGCUUGCAAAAGGUAUUGGAGGGAGCUUUCAAAGGAUGCUGGAUGGUAGUGGGCCUUCGCGUUGGUGACUAUGCCAACGUGUGA